AUGGCCAAACAGUUCUAUUUUUGUUUCAUCAGACCAGAGGACAUUUCUCCAAAAAGUACUUUCUUUGUCCCCAGGUGCAGUUGCAAACCGUAGUCUGGUGGUUUUGUAGCAGUGGCUUCUUCCUUGCUGAGCGGCCUUUCAGGUUAUGUCGAUAUAGGACUUGUUUUACUGUGGCUAUAUAUACUUUUGUACCAGUUUUCUCCAGCACCUUCACACGGUCCUUUGCUGCUGUUCUGGGAUUGAUUUGCACUUUUCGCACCAAAGUACGUUCAUCUCUAGGAGACAGGACGUGUCUCAUUCCUGAGCAGUAUGACGGCUGCGUGGUCCCUUGGUGUUUAUACUUGCGUACUAUUGUUUGUACAGAUGAACAUGGUGCUUUCAGGCGUUUGGAAAUUGCUCCCAAGGAUGAACCAGACUUGUGGAUGCCUACAAUUUCUUUUCUGAGGUCUUGGCUGAUUUCUUUAGAUUUUCCCAUGAUGUCAAGCAAACAGGCACUGAGUUUGAAGGUAGGCCUUGAAAUACAUCCACAGGUACACCUCUAAUUGACUCAAAUGAUGUCAAUUACCCUAUCAGAAGCUUCUAAAGCCAUGACAUAAUUUUCUGGAAUUUUCCAAGCUGUUUAAAGGCACAGUCAAUUUAGUGUAUGUAAACUUCUGACCCACUGGAAUUGUGAUACAGUGAAAUAAUCUGUCUGUAAACAAUUGUUGGAAAAAUGACUCGUCAUGCACAGAGUCGAUGUCCUAACAGACGUGCCAAAACUAUAGUUUAUUAACAAGAAAUUUGUGAGGUGGAUGAAAAACGAGUUUUAAUGACUCCAACCUAAGUUGAACCUGGAGUAUCAGCCCAGCUCAGGCACCUUGGCAGAAUGGAUCCAGAGAAGCACAGUCACCAGAGGGAGUAUAGAGAACCAAAGGCAUGCAGUCAGAGGGAGUAUGAAGAACCAGAGAGGUACAGUCGGCGGAGGGAGUACGGAGGACCGAGCUCGGGACAAUGGGACGAUAGCUUUGAGAAGAGAGGCAAUGGCCAAGCUAUGCCCCGAGAGCCCUACAGUGAAUACUCCAGCAUGAGGCGAACUAGAGAAGGUGGGAAGGAGUAUGGUGCUUCCUCUGCUAUGAGCUACAUCAUGUACCCAUCAUCCAGAGACUGGAGCAAAGGCUCAUUGAGGGGUAGCAGUGGUCCCUUCUCCCCAGACACAGAUAGGGACAUUGAUGGAGAUCCUGUGGUGCUCAGUGUGGAGGACCUGGAACUCGCUCGUAAGAAGGAGGAGUUGAAGGUCAUAGAGGAAAAGAUAGCUCGCAAGAAAGCUGUUCUUGCUCUGCAAAAAGUUAAACGCAGAGCUAAGGACAUGCCUGAAACACAGGCUGCAUCCGCAACAGCGAAGGGCAUGUCUAAACAGAGGAAGGUAAACGAUACAACAUUCCAAAGAUACAGUAAUGUCGCGGACCAUUCGUCACGCAUAUGCCUACCUCUUAAACGGAGGGUGCUGGACAUUCUGAGUAAGCUCAGAAGAACACCGGUACGGUACCUACUGCAUAAGGAUACCCCUGCCAAGCUGAAGAAACAAAACAAGAUGCGAGCAUUGGAGCUGAUGAUUAGCGCUCCCCUAGAAAAUGAAGAGGCCCAUCCUCUGAGACUGAGAGUGAAGGGUUUAAUGAACCAACGACGCUCUCCCAACAAUGAGGUGGUCGCUAAUGAUAAACAACAUAAUCCAACCAUUCAGAGGCCAGUUCACUCACUCAGGACACAGGAGAAAGACAUAGCAGCCACAGGCUUCCAGCGCUUCCUCAAUGUCCUCAAUGAAGGUGUGGACCUCAACAAGCUCUCAAAGAUCGUCAACGACGAAAAUGAGCAACUCAUUGUGGGCGAGGAGCUACCACAAGUUUGGCCGACUCUGCUCGAGGGUCAUGUUGACUACAGCAGUAGGUCCAAGUCUUCUCCAUUUGAGCGGAUGCAGACCCUGCUGGAGAUUGUUGGGCUGGACUUGGGGGUUGAGGAGUUGGGUCGGCUGACAGACAGGACCAAUGAUAGGCUAUAUGGAAAGAUGGGAGACUUGAAAAGGGACAGAGCCAGAGAAGGGGAAAGUCCUGCGAGAGAGAGAUGCAGGCAAAGAUGCUCUAGUACCAGAGAAAAGGACAGAGUCAGAGAAAGAGACAGAUCUGAGAGAAACCGAAAGGGAGACGGGCACAGACACUCUAGUUCCAGAGAGAGAGACAAGGACACACCGGUAGUCAGAGAAACAAACAGAUCAGAAAGGAACAGAGAUAAAGACGGGGACAGAGACCCAGAGAAGGACUGGGACGGAGGCCGAGAGAGAGACCGGGACAGAUCUAGGAGAGACUGGGGCAGAUACAGAUCUGAGAGAGACGGGGACAGAGACCCAGAGAAAAGCAGAGACGGAGGCCGAGAGAAAGACCGGGACAGAUACAGAUCUGAGAGAGACAGAAAACGAGAGAUAGCCAAGGAUGUAGACAGGUGGCUGCAAAGGACCAGAAACGGAGACAAACGUUCUAGGACCAGAGACUGGGACAGAGAGAGAUCUGAGAGGGAUAGGUAUGGGGAUGAGUCCAGGGAAAGCUCCAUUGAGCUCUACUCAUACUCCAUGGACCCUGUAUUCCCUGUUUCUCAUCCCCAUGCAUCUAUGAUGGCUACCUACUCCACCACCCAGUACUCUCAGUAUAUGGCAUACCACAGCAGCCCCUACACCAUGGCCUUCCCUCCAGGGUGGGGUUAUCCCGCUGGUACCAUGCCCGCUGGUAUUAUGCCCCUGGUAUCAUGCCCCUGGUACCAUGCUUCCUGGAAUCAUGCCAGCUGGUGCCAUGCUGCCUAG